GUGAGUGUGACUCUAGAAGCUAUGACUGUAAACAUUCACGAGUACAACUCUGAUUUCUACGACUACGAAUUCUUCACUAUGAACACAAAUUCAAGUUUGUGGGUACGAGUAAAGAACAGUUGAAAUGACGUCACUGCCGUCCCAGGGCAGGUAAUCGAACCUCGAUUCCAUCUAACGCGCAUGCGUCAAAGGUGAAAGAUGGCUAACAACAGACCUGAGGCUGCCAACCUAGGCUCAGCAUCACAGGGACCACUGGCUACUCAGUUACUGCAGCGUCUGGAAUCAAGGAUCACUGACACGUUAAGUCAACCAUACUUUAAUUUGGACUACUUCCAGUACGUUGUAAAUCAGGAAGCCUUUAUUCUGACAUCUGCAUCUAGCAUUUUAAACAUCCCAGCUGAAAUUGUGGAGUGUCUUUUAUCCCUUCAAAGAAUGAUCCACGCAGCUCUUUCCCAAGAGAGUCCUUGUGUUUUUAUUAGAGAAGGAGGACGCGGCCGACCAAAAUUUUGUUUUUCUGAGGAGCUGCUGUCCCGGCUCAUUGACAUGCCCUUACCAGUGUCUUGUAUCGCCAACCUGCUGGGUGUCAGCCAAAGUACAAUUUUCCGGCGUAUGCAUGAACUCAGGUUGUCCACAAGACUUACAUACAGCAGUUUAUCUGACAGUGAACUGGAUGAUGCUGUCAUCUCCAUAAAAACCAGGAUCCCAAACGCAGGAUACAGAAUGGUUAAAGGUUGUCUCCAAUCAAAUGGACAUAGAGUUCAGUGGAAUCGCAUCAAGGAGUCCAUGCACAGAGUUGACGCUCCAGGAAUUUUGGAAAGAAUGACACAGCUGGGUUGCAUCGUCAGGAGGACAUACUUCGUACAGCGGCCUUUGUCAUUAGUGCACGUGGACACUAACCAUAAGCUCAUAAGGUACAACAUCGUCAUAUUUGGAGCAAUAGAUGGUUACUCAAGAAAGAUACUGUAUCUGGAACCAGCAACAAAUAACUGCUCAAACACUGCCCUUUCAUUUUUCCUCAAGGCAGUGGAAAACUUUGGCUGGCCUUCCAGGGUCAGGGGAGAUGAAGGCGUUGAAAAUGUCGCAAUUGCUGAAACCAUGUUCAGUGUUAAAGGCACCGGAAGAGGGAGCUUCAUCGCUGGGCGAAGCGUACACAACCAAAGGAUUGAACGCCUAUGGCGAGAUGUCUGGACCUCUGUCACUCAUCUGUACUAUGAAGUUCUUCACAGUCUAGAAGAAGAUGGCCUAUUGGAUUUGUCAGAUGCUGUCCAUCUGUUUUGUGCCCAUUAUGUGUUCCUUCCGCGUCUGGCAGAGACCCUUCACACAUUCACAGAAGGCUGGGACAACCAUCCCUUACGAUCUGAAGGUGGACUCACCCCUAACCAACUCUGGGUUAUGGGUCACAUGCAGAACCCUUGUGACGCAGAUGAAGAUUUGCAGGUUUGUUGA